UAACUGUCAGAAAAAGUGCUAAUUUGGCUAAAUAAACAUGUCAAGUACAGGAUCACAUAUUGAUAGAGAUUUAGAUUUAUCGAACGCCGGUCGUGGUGUUUGGUUAGUUAAAGUGCCAAAAUAUAUUGCUAGUAAAUGGGAAAAAGCUCCAGGACAUUUAGAAGUUGGAAAAUUAAAAAUAUCCAAAGCACCUGGGCAAAAAGCUAAAGUAUCAUUAUCAUUAUCCGAAGCUGUGUUAUGUUUAAAAGAACCCGGAGAAGAAUCGAUACCUAAAGAGCAUCGUUUAGAUGUUUCAACAGUAACAAGACAAACACUUGGAGUUUUUUCACAUCAAACUCCUCAAAAUGCUGAUUCGGUUGUACCUGAGUCUGAAAAAUUGUUUAUGGAAGGAAGAAUUGUACAGAAAUUAGAAUGUAGGCCAUAUGCUGAUAAUUGUUAUAUGAAAUUAAAAUUAGAAUCAAUUCGUAAAGCUUCAGUUCCUACAAGACAAGUACAACAGUUAGAUCGUGUUGUACAGUCAUAUAAACCGGUUUCAGAUCAUAAACAUAAUAUAGAGUACGCUGAAAAGAAAAAAGCUGAAGGUAAGAAGGCUCGUGAUGAUAAAGAUGCUGUAUUGGAAAUGCUAUUUGCUGCAUUUGAAAAACAUCAAUAUUAUAAUAUAAAAGAUUUGGUGAAAAUCACACGACAACCGGUUACAUAUUUAAAAGAUAUACUGAAAGAAGUGUGUAAUUAUAAUUUGAAAAAUCCACAUCGUAAUAUGUGGGAACUAAAACCAGAAUAUCGUCAUUAUAAAGAGCCAGCAAAACCAGAAGAACCCAAAAAAAUGGAUAUUGACGAUGAUUCAGACAAUGAAUGAUCAUUAUAAUUUUUGUUUUUAUUUUAAAUAAAAUGUAUUUUUUGUAUGA